AUGGUUGCCGUUACUCGUACCACUGCCGCCGGCAUUGCCGUCCUGAGCGCCCUCACCGGUGCCGCUGCCUCCACCGAGACCCGAGACGUCUUUGACGAUGUUGCCGCUCUUGACGCCAGAGAUGUUCUCAAUGAGGGCGCUGAGCCCCUCGCCCUCGAUGCUCGCGACUUUGAUGAUGAGCUCUACUACGAGACUCGUGACUUUGAUGAUGAGCUCUCCUACGAGACUCGCGACUAUGACGACAGCCUCGAGAAGCGAUUUGGCUUUGGGCUCCUCAAAGCAGGGGUCAAGGGCAUCGGCAAGCUUUUCCACCACAGGCAUAGGCGAUCUCUCGACGACACCGAGGACUUCCUCGAGACCAGAGACAUCGACGGGGAUGUCGUGACCUUCGACACCCGUGACCUCGGCGACGAUGUCCCCCUCGAGGCCCGCGCCAUCCUCGAUGGCUCCCACCCCGACCUGGUGGUGGUGAACAAGCGCAUAUUCAAGACCCUUUUUAGAGGCGCCAAAGCCCUGUUCGGCGGCCGUUCCAUUGACGACGAGGACCUCGAGGCCCGUGACUUCGAUGACUACGAGGACCUCGUGGCCCGUGGCUUCGAUGACUACGAGGUCUCCUUCGAGGCUCGCGACGAGGAGGAGUCCUCCCCCGAGGGCCCAUCCGGCGGCGACGCACCAUCGCCAUCCCGCAAGGGCAAGCUCGGCAAGAAGCUUAAGGGUCUCAAGAAGGGCAAGUUCGGCAAGAAGGGAAAGUUCGGCAAGAAGGCCGGCUCCAGGAAGGGCAAGUUCGGCAAGAAGGGUGCCAAGUCCCACAAGAAGUCGGGCAAGAAGAGCCGCAAGUCCAAGUCCAAGAAGGGCACCCGAUCCGUCGACGGCGGCGAGUUCUACGAGGCGUAA